AUGUCUGACGAAGGCAAUGAGAUGGAGGCGAAAAUCAGAUAUUAUGGUGAUGAUGGCGGUAGCGAGGACGGAUCAUUGUCAUUGGAUGAAGACGAACAUGACGGGGAAAAUUAUAUGAGUUUGGAUGAGUCUUACAGUGGCAAUGUAGGAGGGGAUGAUGACAAUGAGGAUAUGGAUGUAGAUGAUUCAUAUGCUGAAAGCGGUAGCCAUAUGGAUGUGGAAGGGUACUAUGAGUGGAAUUUCUUCGAUGAUACCAAUGACGAAAACGAUAUCGAUGCAUCUUAUAAUGACAGCUCGACCAAAGGAGAGGUUGGUGGCCCGUGCGAAAAUGAUGACGAUGCCAAUGGUGAUGAGUGCAAUUUUGACACUGGGUGCGAUGAAUACCAGCAAGAAUCACUGGACAGGCAUUGGAUGGUGAUGUCCGCGACGUUCAGGACAGACGAGGAGGCAUAUGAUUUCUAUAACGACUAUGCGAAAAAGUGUGGAUUCUGCAUUAGGAGGGACAACUUGAAAUAUGUGAAGGGUGUCGACGCGCGUAGGCGCUUGAGGAGGUUUCUCUGUUCGAGGGCUAGGAAACGACAUGCCAAGUUUUGUACCAUGGAAGGGAAGAAGCGCGGGCUGAGAGUGUAG